CAAUCAACGUCCGUGGGAAAUUGAUUCCGGAGUUAUUUAGUGUUGAAGACGACGCCAUUUUGUAUUUGGUUAUGUAGAAGUCGAAACAACGACGCUUUUGGCAAUUUGUUAUUGAAGUGAGGCAAAAUUAUUGCAGAAGUCUUGGUGGCUAUCGAAGAUUCGACAAAGCAGGGAAGCCAAUAGAGUGUCGACAUUUCAAUGGCUUCCCGAGCGUGUUGCCGUAUUUUGUUUAGUUUAUUGUUGGUUUCGUUAUUUGCGAAUGUUUUUCCGUCAGCGCAAGAUGGCUGCCCUAAGAUUCAGGUGAAGAAAAACCAAAUAUUAAGAACUAAAGAGGCUUUAAACAAUGGAGCGAAAUACUUGAAGCGGGCUGUGAUAAGCACAGCGAGAGAGUGUUAUAACCUGUGUUGUCGACAUUCGAGCUGUAAUUUAGCAAUGAUUUCUUAUACAAAUUCGACUAGUGGGUCGGACGCCGUACGGAUGUGUUAUCUCUUCGACUGUGGCUCUCCAAGCAAAUGCAUGUAUGCACCGUACAGUCACUAUGCUACCAUUGAAUUUGACGACCGGGAGGAUUAUUUGGAAAGUGAUCUUUUCGGCAAAAUGAGGAAUGAGCAGAAAGCCAAACCAAAAACCAGCCAUCAUCGCGACGAAGAUUGCCCUCCUGGUGCACCUACUGCUAUGUGCUCCAGCAAUCCAUGUGACGUGGCAUCAUGCCCUGGACACCCAUAUGCAUCUUGUAAACCCAGCUUUUGUGGAACAUGCCAUGCACAAUUUUACGAUGAUGAUGGUAUUCCUGUCAAUUGCCAUGUGAGUGGAUUCAACUCAAAAGCGAAAAAGAAAAAGAUUCCCUCAUUACAAACAGAUUGGAUAACAGAUUACCUAAAAGAUCAGAACAACCCUAUGAAAAGUCAGCCGAAGGAUAGUGACAAGGACCAGGCAAAGGAAGGCACUGGCUGGGAUGAUAAGACACAGAUUGAUGAGAUAGGAACAAAGCAACCACAACAAACUGAGGAGCCCUUUCACCAAUGGAGGGAGUUUUUAGACAACAACCCUAAAUAUGGCAAAGUCAAGAAAGUCACUGAGAAACCCAAACCUGUGCCAAAACCAACACAGAAACCAAAACACACUGCAAAGCCCAAGACACAUCCUAUAGUGCAUCCCAAGACACAUCCCAUGCCAACAACUUUGGCAAAGGCACCUCUGACUUACCCAAGUAAAGCAAACCCAGAAGUACCCAAACCAGACGAAGAUGUUGUGAAACCAAAUAUCUCUGAUGUGGUUGUCAUAGAGACAAGUCAUUUACGCAUUGUGGAAAACAAGGCUGUCUUACCGCUUGCCAUCUUCCUUGUGGUUGCCAUUGUUAUGUUGUUGGUAGUCGCCCUUCGUCUGAGAAUUGUCAAGAGUAGACUGCGAAGAAAGACAUUUGCUACAGAUGAUGCUGAUUAUCUGAUUAAUGGAAUGUAUUUGUAGCACUCCAUUAUACAAAUACCAGUCCCAAAAAUGCAACAAUAAUAACAUAACUGACAUACUGCACUAAUCAUUGGCAAUAUUAACCAAAGGCACAAAAUGUAAAAAGUCAAAGGCAAAAGGUCAAAGUGAGCUUAAACAUGCCUCUACAUUCUUUUAGUAUGCUCUUGAACAUUUUCAAAGUGUAAAUCAAUUAAUAAUAAUUAUUAUUAUUAAUAAUCACAAUUGUUGAUAGUUGAGCUAUCUGAUAAUAUUCCAGACAAUUUCUUUCACAGAUUAGUGUAAUCAUUCUAGUUUAGGAAAUAUGCUGCUACACUUAUAAUAUUAUGAUAAUCAUCAAUUUACCCUAUGUACCUGCCAAUGGGUAUACAAACCUUUUUUGGUUUAUUUAAUGAGUAAUAAUUAUUUUAUCAAAAAAUAGGUUUGAGGAAAUAGGGAUUUGCAGUUUGAACUUAAACAUAUUAUAUCCUUCCUGGAAACAUAAUCUCUUGUAAGGGUUUUUGUUUGUCUUUAUUUAGAAAAGAAAAUAUCAAGUAAAGAAAAUAAAUAACACGUUGUUUCUAUUGUUAGCACAUACUUCCCUUAUAUAAUACUAAUAUACUAUAAAAUAAUCAGAUAUUUGAAACUAGUAGUAAGUAUUUAAAAAGGUACUACCCACAAGAAGUUUAAACAGUUUGAGGAAAUUCAAUUUCUUUUUGAGUGUCAUAAUAAAUUUAAUAUAACCUAUAAAGUGGAACUUCCAUGUAAGACUUUCAUUCAAAAGAGACCCUAAAAAACACAAACAUUCUGUCAAACUUUGUAAAUAAAAAUUCAAUAUAACAGACACCUUAUUUGGUCUCAAUGGCGUCCAUUUUAUGGGGUUUAACCCUGCCAUUAAAUAAAGGCAUUGUAUAUGGUGUAUAUGAUUUCUUGUGACUAGUAUACAUUUUAAAUUACAGUACCUAGACUAUUAUCAAUUUAAACAAACAUGAAUUGUGAAGUACCCUUAAUAUUAUAUUGAGUAUCUGCUCAAAUUGAUGCAAAAUGUUUAUUUACUUAGGGUUUGAGUUGAUAGGAUCCCACUGGUUUCUGCUAGAAAGAUGAACAUGCACUGAAUCACUCAAGCAGAGUAAAAGACGAUAAACUUGGUUACAUUAAGAUGUUUAUGCUCGAAAUAAACACAAGUUCAUUAACUA